AUGAGUUUCAAGGAUCAGGAACGCAGCAGGUGCUGCUUCCUGGAAUGGAUGCAGCUGCAGGAUGCCAAUCUGGAGGAGCUCGUUGGGGCCAAGGCUGCCGCCGCCACCGAGAACGACCUCCGGUUGCUGGUCGCGAAGAACGUGCAGCUCUACGAGAACUACUCUGCGCAGCGGACCGCUCUGGCGAAGAAGGACGCCUCGUCCAUCUUCUGUGCGCGGUGGUGCUCCUCCUUCGAGAGCACCUUCCUCUGGAUUGGCGGUUGCCGGCCUUCAAUGGCCGUUCGCCUCCUCUACACCCUCUCCGGGAUGGAGCUCGAGUUUCACCUCAACGAGUUUCUGCGAGGGUUGACGAUAGAGGUCAACGGUCUCACGGCGCAUCAGAUGGCCCUGGUCAACGAUCUCCACCUGAGGAUCAUGAGAGAGGAGGACACCCUUAGCUCCCGCGUGGCCUCUCUCCAGGAGGAUAUCGCCGACAGGCCCUUCGUCCCCAUGUCCCGCAACCGGGAAGCCCUUGACUCUGACGAACUAAAGAGCGCCAUGGCCGUGUACGAGGAGUCUCUGGCCAGGAUCACGGAGCAGGCCGAUGGGCUGAGGUUGGAGAUGUUGAGGGAGCUGGUCAAGAUCCUCUCCCCUGUCCAGGCGGUGGACUACCUCGUCGCCGCCAAGCAGCUGCAGUUAUCCCUCCACGAAUGGUGUUCUAGGAGGGACCGCCCGCUCGGCGGUGAGUAA